AUGUAUGUCGAAUUGGUUGGCCAUUACCAAGUCCACUCGACGGUCCUAGCGUUUGCAGCUGCGUUGGGAUCGCGUAAGAUAACAACAACUGUGAGGCAAACAAGAGGGCUUGAUGCAAGUUAUGCUUGUGGUCAGCUGAGGAACAAGUUCCAGAAAAGCCCUCUACUCGCUGAGAUAAUUUGUUCCGUUUAA